AUGAAAGACGACCAGAAAAAAGGUUAUAUUUUUGAAGUGGAUUUGAAAUACCCUGAAGAGCUUCAUGAUCACCAUUCGGAUUAUCCAUUGGCUUCUGAAAAUGUAUUUGAUAAUAAAGAAUUACCAAAAUUAACAACAACUCUAUAUGAUAAGAAAAAAUAUAUUCUACAUUAUAGUAAUCUUAAGUUGUAUCUAAAUACUUAGGUUUAGGUUUAAAAUUAGAGAAAAUACACAGAGUAAUAGAAUUUGAACAAAAAAAUUGGUUAAGACCAUAUAUAGAAUUUAACACUAAUCUUCGCGCAAAAACAGACAAUGAAUUUGAAAAAGAUUAUUACAAGUUAAUAAACAACAGUGUAUUUGGUAGGACUAUGAUGAACACAAGAAACCAUAAAGAUAUAAAAUUAAUUAAUGAUGAGGAAAAAUUAGAAAAUCAAACUGCUAAACCAAAUUUUGAUCGAGCGACUAUUUUUACAGAAAACUUAUUAGCUGCACAUGAAAAAAACUAUGUUUAAAUUAAAACAAACAAUUUACUUAGGAAUGUCUAUUUUAGAUUUAUCUAAAACUGGAAUGUAUGAUUUUUAUUAUAAUGUAUUAAAAAAGACAUAUGGAAAAAACAUUAGACUUUUAUACACAGAUACAGAUUCUUUAAUAGUAAAAAUUACAACUGAUGAUUUUUAUACAGAUGUAAAAAACAAUAAACGACUUUUAAAUUAAUUUGAUUUUUCUGAUUAUCCAGAGAAUAAUAAAUAUGGAAUACCACGAAUAAAUAAAAAAGUUCCAGGUAAAUUUAAAGAUGAACUUAAUGGUCAAAUAAUGACAGAGGUUUUUGAGUUAAGAUCUAAAUUAUAAACAUAUAAAAUAUUUGAAAAUAAAAAUGAAAUUAAAAAAGGAAAAAGUGUAAAAAAAACUAUAGUAAAAAAUUAAUUAUGUUUUAAUGAUUUUUAUAAUUGUGUAAACAAUAAAAAUCCAAAAUAUGUAAAACAGAAGACUUUAAGAACAGAUAUACAUGAAAUUUAUCCUGUUGAACAAUAUAAAAAAGCCAUUAGUGCAUAUGAUGAUAAAAGAUAUAUUCUAGAAAAUGGUAUUGAUACUGUAGCUUGGGGACAUUAUUCAUGGAUAAUUUACCAGGAUUGUAAGUUAGCAUAAUAUAUUUUAAAAUAAUUCAUAGAUAUUAAUUUCUUCUUUGUUAUAGGUAAGAACUUGUAUGGAUGGGCAACGUCAGAUUAUAUGCCAAGCGGCGGAUUCGAGUGGAUGGAACCCACGGUGGGCUUAAAAAAUAUAUCGAGCUUAAUACCGAAAUGA